ACACUAUAUACAUGGCGUACCGACAUUUGAAUUUGAUAGUUACGCGAAGAAUCGUUACAAAGUUCGUACAUCUGUGGCAUUCUAGUACUUACGAAAUUUGAUAUUUCCAAGCUAGGAUUGGACAUCAAUCAGCCUUGGAUAUACGAUUAUACCUUCGCCAUGGAGAACUUCGUAAAGAUCGAGAAAAUCGGUGAAGGAACUUAUGGAGUAGUUUACAAAGGCAAACACAAGAAAACAGGAGAAAUUGUUGCAAUGAAGAAGAUUCGAUUGGAAGUUGAUGAUGAAGGAAUACCAUCUACAGCAAUUCGUGAAAUCUCAUUGCUCAAAGAAUUAGAACACCCUAAUGUUGUCAGAUUAAUAGAUGUGCUAAUGGAAGAAACCAAGUUGUAUCUUAUUUUUGAAUAUCUUUCUAUGGAUCUAAAAAAGUACAUGGACAGUCUAGGUAGUGGAAAACUAUUGGAGCCUAAAAUGGUUAAAUCUUAUCUGUAUCAGAUUACUUCUGCAAUAUUAUUCUGUCACAAACGUAGAAUAUUACAUCGUGAUUUAAAGCCACAAAACCUAUUGAUCGACAAAGCAGGUGUCAUCAAAGUAGCUGAUUUUGGUCUUGGAAGAGCAUUUGGCAUACCAGUUAGGGUAUAUACGCACGAGGUAGUAACUUUGUGGUAUAGAGCACCAGAAAUACUUUUAGGUGCCAGUAGAUAUUCUUGUGCUAUUGAUAUAUGGAGCAUAGGAUGUAUAUUUGCUGAAAUGGCAACUAAGAAGCCACUGUUCCAGGGAGACAGUGAGAUCGAUCAGUUGUUCAGAAUAUUUCGUAUACUAAGGACACCUACCGAAGAAAUAUGGCCUGGUGUAACUCAAUUAUCAGAUUAUAAGGCUACAUUUCCAAAUUGGAUAACUAAUAAUUUAAAAUCACAAGUAAAAGUGCUAGAUAAUGAUGGGCUUGAUCUAUUGGAAGCUAUGCUUGUUUAUGAUCCCACACACAGAAUAUCUGCACGAGCUAUUCUGACGCAUCCGUUUUUCGAUGAUUUAAAUUUAAAUAAAUUGCCGACAGCAAAAAAUUGAAGAAUACGAAGGAAUGGUUGUAUGUGUAUAAGAGAUGGUUGAUUGUAUGUUGCUCAGAUUUUGUGACAUUUUUAUCAUGUGACUAUAUAGGGAAUAUAUCUCAGGGUAUUCCGGCAAGCUAAUUUAUUCCGACGUUAGAACAUAGCGUAUCAAAUAUGAUGGGACAUUCAUGAAUGGAACAAUUAUUUCAUACUGCACUACAAUUACUAGACUCUACAUUUAAAAUGAAUAGCUGAUAUGUAGAAUUGCGAAGAUAUGAGAACAAUUUUAUGAUAUUGUUAAACUAUUUUCGGCAUAUUGAAAAUAUUAAAAGGAACAAUUUAUUUUUAUUUAAUUUCUUUUUCGUACAAUCGUUUUUGAAAAUAGUUAUUUUGUAUAAAGAUCGGUAGUCUAGUAAUUACAUUUUGAUAAUAUUAACAAUGUUAUAAAAGAAACAACCGUCAUUUUAACAUCUAGCAUUCAUUUUAACGUUUUAUUUGCCCUUAUCGUUUAUUGAUUUAAGUUAAAAUUUGAUCGAGUAUGUGGGUGACCUAAGUUUUUCACAAAAAUUUGACAAUGUUUUUUAACUUUCUGCUUUUUUUUUGCUACAAGAUAGGUAAGAUAAAGUUAGUAAUUUAAUUAAAAAUAUUUCGUUAUUGCUAUGUCUAUACAUAUAGCGUUAAAAUAUUUCAGUUUUGUCCACGCAUAUCUUCUGUAUUUUUAUAAUCAAAUAAACGACGAAAGUAUUAA